AUGGGCAAGCCUCAAAAUACAAGCGAAGACGCGGUAGUGUCGAUAGAUGUGGCCUCUAAGGUCGACGUUGGUGGAAGCCCUGCGGAAGAGCGGCGCCGCACGGCCACAUGGCAGGACGCAGCGUACCACUCUGUCACCGGGAUGGUGGGCGCCGGCGUGCUGGGCCUGCCCAGCACGUUUGUGUCACUCGGAUGGGCUGGUGGCAUCAUCACCCUGUUAAUCAGCUUCUGGGUGUCCUGGUAUACCUACAGGCAGCUCGUCUACAUGCACGAGCUGCCAGCCCCAGACGCCGACCCCGAGGCCGCCGCAGCGCAGCCCGGGCCCGAACCAGGGGCCAAGGGCGAGCAGUCGCGGGUAGUCCGCUUCGAUCGGUACCAAGAGCUCACCACACACGUGUUCGGCAAGCGCGCUGGGCGGUGGGCGCUGAUGCCGUUCCAGGCCGCGGUCCUCGUUGGCAUCGCGAUCACGUACACAGUCGUCGGCGCGGAGGACAUGCAUGCGGUCGUAAAGGACUACAGCCCCGCUGGCGGCCCGCCAGCCAUUCCCCUCUGGGCCUGCUUCCUCAUCUUCGCCGCCCUCCAGCUGCUGCUGUCGAUGCUGCCCGACUUUUCGGCUCUCGGCGUGGUCAGCCUGCUGGGGGCGGUGAUGAGCGUCGGCUACUGCGCGAUCGCCACAGGCCUGGCGGGGGCGUUCAGUGCGGAGGGCGGCGCGGCGCCGGUCGUGUAUUCCCAACCGCUGACCGACCACAGCGCCAUGGCGGUGACGAACCGGGUCAUCGAUGUGUUCGCGGCGAUAUCGACGAUCCUGUUCGCCUAUGGCGGCCACAACGUGGCCCUGGAGAUUCAGGCCACCCUGCCCAGCCCCCCCACCGCCCCCCGCAUGAUGCGCGGCGUCAACGCCGCGUUCAUUGUGACGGGCGCCCUCUACUUCGCCGUCUCGAUCAGCGGCUUUGCGGCGCUCGGCGUCGGCACGGGGUCCAACAUCAUCCUGUCCCUCACCAAUGGUCCCCUGUGGGUGCGCAAUGUGGCGCGGAUCUUCGUGGUUGUGCACGUCCUCGCCGCGUACCAGGUGUACACCCACCCGGUGUUCGACUGGAUUGAGAGCGCCGCCGGGAAGCUUCCCGCCGUCGGCCGCGCUUUCAGCUACGGCAGCUGGGCGUCCCGCCUUGUACUGCGCACUCUGUACGUGGCGAUUAUAACCGUCGUGGCCCUGUUGAUCCCCUUCUUCACGGACCUCAUGGCGUUCAUAGGCGCGGUGGCCAUCACCCCCACCACCUUCCUGCUGCCGCCGCUGCUGUGGCUCCUGGUCAAGCGGCCGCGCCGCUGGGGCGCGGAGUGGGCGCUCAACUGGGUGCUGGUCGUCGCGACGGGCGUGAUAGGGGUGCUGGGCGCGAUCUCGGGGCUGUGGCUGAUCGUCUCCCACGCCAGCAGAUACCACUUGUUUGCUGCCUAG